UAAAAAAGAUCGUUCAAGGAAAACUAAUGAUCAUUUCAGGCAUUUCUGAAUAAUGAGGACAUGUAGUUUGCGUUUUAAUGUUUAACAAAAGUUUCUCUUUUGAAAUAGUUUUAAUUUCUGUAAUAAAGUGUAUGCAAUGACCCGUUUUCACUACCGGGCCCUUGCAGGCAUGACCAGGAAACCCCGCCACUUAAUGUUUUUCUUUCAUUAAAACUUCAAGAAUGUUCUAAGUUUGUCGCUUAACGCAAAGAAAAUCGCACAUUUUUAUUAAUCUAAAAACAUUUAAUGAAAUAAGCUACAGUUAUUCAUCUUCAGAGGAGAAGAGCAGUAAUGAGGGCGCUAAACCUGUUGGCAUUGGACCAUCGUGGAGAUGUGAUGACGCGCAGACGUGCAGUUUUACCGGAGGGUUCCGUCUGCAACCACUGCACGUCAACACCAUGUCAGGAACUACUGUAAAGUCAUUUUUCACAGGCUUAAGCCUGGAGAGACGGCGCUCCGCUCUCAGCAGACGGCGGACGACGCGCUCCAGGAUGCUGGGCCUUCUGCUGCUCCUGCCGCUGGUCAGCGGCGUGACCCCAGACUAUUUCAUGGGGACGGUCAUGACGUACCACCCCGUCCGCACCGACGCCGAUGGCUCUGUGACGGUGCUCCUGCGCUAUAAGAUGAACCUCCGGUCGUGCGGAGACGUCAGGUGGCGGUGUGUGGAUGGGGACUGUGGGGCGGAGCACGUGGAGGUGAACCCCGUGAGCGUGCUCAGCGGCGAGGAGUGCUGUCAGACGGAGGCCGUGUCCACCCGCAUGCUGCCCAGCAGCGCGCCGUUCCAGCUGCAGUUGGACGCUGGCGAGUGGAUCAGUCAGACUAAAAACGGCGUCCGUGCCGCCCGCGCUUUGACCCUAGUAGAGCUCAGAACCCGGUCCGACACGCUGCGACCCAACGUUUCACCUCAAACUACCUCCCUGCCAGCUGUGAGAGUUCCUUCAAACUGUCACAGAGAUCUGAAGCUAGUGGCUUUCGAUCCGGACGGGGACGAGGUCCGGUGCAGAUAUGCAGCGGCGCCGGAGUGUUUGGACUGCACGCCGCCGUCUGUCCUCAGCCUCUCCUCUUCCUGCACUCUGUCCUUCAGACCCACCGGCGCCGGUGCUGAAGGUCCGUACGUGGUGCAGCUGAUGAUGGAGGACUUCCCCAGGCAGAACGUUACGCUGACCCACACCGACGGGUCACGGGAGGUCAAAACCAGCAAACACGCCAUCAGCAAAGUGCCAGUCCAGUUCGUUCUUUGGGUGGAUCCUGCAGCACCGGAGUGCACAGAGGGAAUCUACGUCCCCCAGUACCUCCCUCCAACCCUGCCUGACGGCGCCGAGCUCUACAUCCCCGCCAACAAGGAGGUGGAGAUCACCGUCACGGCACAUUCGCAAACUUCCACCAUCUCUGAGCUGCUGUUCAGUGGACCACACGGCGCAACCAGCAUCGGUCAGGACGUCAUGGGACCGGGAGUCUUCGUCCUGAAGUGGACCCCGUCAGAGAGAGAAACCGGAACAAGCCACCCCUUCUGUUAUGCCGUCAGAGCACUUUACAAGGGAGACGGGUUUGAGUCCAGACAGCAGUGUGUCAUUGUGAACGUCGUUCCACCUGCAGAGCACCACAUUGCUCCACGAGCCGUUCAACAAAUUUCUGCUCCGUAUCAAAUUUUUGGAGUUAAAGUGAGAGUCUCGACUUCUGGUGCUCUGACGAUGGCCGACUUGGAAUCAGCCCGUCAGCAGGCUCUAAACUUGCUGAUAUCCGUUGGUUACCUGCCGUCUGACAGCAGUGUGGACCUAGUGAGCAGCUCUCCGUCCAUAAAGUGAAGCGGACUCUUUUGUUGUCCUCUUGUGUAUCCAUCGUCUCUACUGUAACUGUAAUCCUAAAAACUUUGAAUAAAGUGUUCUAAACACGGUCA